AUGGGUAAAAAAUAUGCAAACAAGCAAGUCUUGUUGAAAAGUUAUGUGGAGGGAAACCCAAGUGAAGAUGAUUUUGAGUUGAAAAUGUCAUACACUAGUUCACACAUUCCACAUGGAAGUAAUGCUGUUUUUCUUAAGAACAUUUACUUGGCUUGUGAUCCUGCUUUGCGCUUUCGCUUGUCAGCUGAUGAUCUUUCAGACAAUAUUGACUUACUUAAGUCAUUCAACCUCGGAUCUGUUAUUGAGGGUUUUGGCGUGGCAAAAGUAAUCAAAUCUACUAUUCCAGAUUUUGAAGAGGGAAAUUACGUUUGGGGUGUCGUUGGAUGGGAAGAAUAUAGUAUGAUUGAAAAUCCAAAAGUUUUAUUUACAAUCAAAUAUACGGACGUCCCUUUAUCAUAUUAUGUCGGAAUUCUAGGAAUGGUUGGACUUACAGCUUAUUUUGGUAUUAACAACAUGUCCUCAGUCAAGGCAGGAGAAGUAGUAUAUAAAUCUACAGCAGCAGGAGGUGUUGGUCUACUUGCUGGACAAUUUGCAAAAAUGAUGAACUGUUAUGUUGUUGGGAGUACAAGUACUGAUGAGAAGGUUGAUCUCUUGAAAAACAAACUUGGAUUUGAUGAUGCUUUUAACUAUAAGAAGGAAGAUUUAGGUGAAGCCUUGAAAAGGGUUUGUCCAAAUGGUAUAGAUGUAUACUUUGAGAAUGUUGGAGGUGCAAUGCUAGAUGAGGUGAUUUUACACAUGAAGAGCCAUGGUAGAAUUGCAGUUUGUGGAAUGAUUUCACAGUAUGGACUCAAGGAGAAAUAUGGUAUUCAAAACCUCUUCCACCUUAUCACAAAAUGCAUAAGAAUGGAAGGAUUUUCUGCUAAUACUAAUUAUUGGAAACUCUAUCCUCAAUACCUUGAGUGGGCCAUUCCACUUAUAAGGGACAACAAGAUUGUCUAUUUCCAAGAUAUUGCUAAAGGCCUUGAAAGUGCACCUGCUGCUUUUACUGGAAUCUUUCAUGGGAAAAACAUUGGAAAGGCAGUAGUCAAAAUUGUUGCAGACGAAUAGUAUAUUAAUUAAUGCA